AUGGAUGGAGACACAGAAUACAACAAAGUCGAAGAUGUUGUCGGCUGCCAUGUUGAAGAUGCUGUAACAUUUUGGGCACAGAAUGUCAGUAGAUGUAAUGACCUCUUGAAAUUAAGUUGUGCGCUGGCUGAUGUUUGUCCUCGGGCUAAUGCAAUUUUUGGCAAGCCUGAUUUUAGUAAGAUAUAUGGUGGGUGUUUUUCUGAAGAUGGAUGUUGGUACAGAUGUACAGUACAGCAAGUGAUCAACGAUGAAAAGUGUCAGGUAUUGUACAUUGAUUAUGGAAAUUCUGAGAUUCUAAGCAGAUCAGAAAUAGUUGAAAUUCCUGCUAACUUGCAAUGCCCCAGUGUUGCCAAGAAGUACAAACUUUGGGGACUGCAGAUACCAACUGAUCAAAACUUAAAUAUGUUUGACCAGGGGAAGAAGUUUUUAGGCAGCUUAGUUUUUGAAAAAGAAAUAAAAAUACGACACAAAGCCAAGCAUGAGGAUGGCACCAUCAUCGUCCAAGCAGAAUAUGAAAAAACAGAUAUUGGAGAAGAGGUAGCUAAGACAGGGUUUGCUGAAAAAUGUAGAUCUCCAGUAAACACUAAAAAUGGUGAAGAGAAAAAAGCAGAUCUCAUGCAAAACCAGCCUUGGAGUAUAAAAGUUCCAGUUCCUCUGUGGAUAAACAGACCCGAUCGUUCACUCAGCAGACCAAGAGGGUGCUUUGAGCAUGUAGUUGCCAGUGCAAGGAAUGAGAAUUUUACUGGAAGCCGUACAUUUGUCACAAAGGAAAAUAUGUUAGCUUCUGGCUCAGUGUCAGACAGCAGUUUGGAAAAAAUAAAAGAUCAGAAGCUGAUUGAAAAGAAUGAAAAGCUUAAAGUGGAGAAAGAAGUUCUCAGAAAGGAGAACGAAAAUCUCAUACAGAUGCAGAAGGAACUAGAACUGAAGGUUGAGCAGCUGAAACGUGAACUUCAGGUAUAUGGAAAUGAAGAGAAGGAAGCAUCCAGGGAAAUUGCUGAACGUUUUGAGGAAACAUUAAGUAAAUACGUGGGAACAAAAAUGAGAAGUUUGGUGGCUAAUGUGAAGGUAUUGAGAGAAAUUAGGCACACAAAUAAGAAUACUCGUUUUGGAGAAGACCUCUCACAAGCUAUAGAAGUGGUUACAGAGGGAUGUCUGGCUGUUCCGUGUUCCUUGGAAAAGUUGCAGAAGACUUGGGCGGAGUAUGACUUGGCUCAAGAGAUGAUUCAGUUGUGCAAAAAUGUGGAUGAGAGAGAUGAAUUGAUUAUCAAGAGAAAUGAGGUGCAGGAGAAUCUGUAUUCUGCAGUGGAAGAAUUAAUUUUGGAAGUGGAUCAACUGCCCCUCUCUGAGCGUUCAAGAACAUUGCAGGAGCUGUCUGCUUCUCUGGAGGUGGUGUAUGGUCAGGUUCAUGAAGCAGAUGAGUCUGAGGAGGUAUUUGAGCGGUUCUUUAAAUGGAAGCGUGCUAAAACGGAGGAAUUCAUUCAUGUCAGAAAUAAUACAGAUGCUGCUCUGCAAAUUCUCACUGACUGGUUUGGUGGCAUCAUAAAGUGUUUUGACCUAAUGUCAGAAGCAUCUUUGAAUUUGGAGGAAGUGAUCGGCAAUGUGGAUGAAGUUCUAAAAAAGGUCGAGUUGGAUAUUUGUAAAGAACUGGAGACUGACUCAGCUGAGCAUGAUGAGGCAGAUAAGCAAAUAAUUACAAGUGCUUACAAUAAAGUUAUACAUAAAAUUCGUCAAGAGCAACAUAUGAUCACUGUCAUACAGAACAAAUACUUGGCCAGUGUUGAGUUCAAAAAACAGGCAGUGGAAUGGCUGAAUAGAAGACCUAAUACGGACAACUUAUUAUCAAUUAAGAAGACUCUGAAAAAUUUAAAGGCCCAGUUAAGGUGGAAGCUGGUGGAAAAGAGCAACUUUGAGGAAUCUGAUGAUUACAGUGAGUUUGAAAUGGCAAGAAUAAAGGAUAAAAUUGCUAAACUGCGAAAUAGUGUUCUUCAGGAAAUAUACAAGGAACAAGAAGAAUAUGAGAAGCUUACAUAUUUGGUACAGAAAUGGUUCCCUGAGUUGCCACUUCUUCAUCCAGAAGCAGGAAUUCUGAGCUAUAUGAAUUCUGGUGGACUUCUGACGCGUAGCUUGGAGCGAGACCUUUUAGAUGCUGAACCCAUGAAAGAACUGAGCACAAAGCGGCCUUUAGUGUGUUCAGAAAUUCAAGAUCAGAAGGUUCUUUUAAAGGGAUAUUCUGUAGAUACAAAUUCAGAAGCCAAAGUGAUAGAAAGAGUUGCCAAAUACCACAGAGCCUGGGGUCAGCAGAAAGAGAAUUCUGGAUUAUUACAACUGAUGUUUCUUCUUUUCUGCAAGUCUGAUCCUCUGGUGUAUUUAAUGGUCCCGUAUUAUCCAGGGGCAAGUCUGGAAGCUUUACAGACUGAUAAACCUUUAACUUUAAAAGAAUCACUAGAAGUGAUGAAAGGAGUGGCCCAAGGUCUACACACAUUGCAUGGAGCUGAUAUAGUUCAUGGAUCUCUUCAUGGAAAUAACGUCUUUGCUGUGAAUCGAAAACAAGGAAUUGUUGGAGACUUUGAUUUCACAAAAUCAGAGGAACAACGUGCUGCAGCAAGCACUAUGGUUGUUGGUACACUAAGCUUGGUAUCUCCUGAACUGAAGAUGGGACAACCAGCUUCUCCAGCCUCUGAUAUGUAUGCUUAUGGCUGCCUUUUGCUCUGGCUUUGUGCUCAAAACAGAGAGUUUCUCAUAAAGGAAGAUGGAACACCAGAGGUGGAUGUGGUUGGUAUGGAUGAUGAAGUUAAAUCUCUUAUCCUGAAUUUGCUGUGCUGUAACAGACUGACAGCUGAGCAGGUACUGAAGGAUGAUUGCUUCCUCUUAGUUGAUGCGAUUCCAGCUUCACCACAACCAAGUGAAGAACUUGAGCUACAUGAAGAGCGUGAUUCUGAAAAAGUGGAUAAAAAUGAAGAGAAUACAAAUAACUCUGAGGACAAUGGGGUAGACUCUACUGAGUAG